AUGGGCCUCCUCGCGACAGUUGCCGGGCCCAUCGCCGAGCGCGCCGCCAACACCUCCACCGCCGCCCUCAUCGCCUCGUCCGUCGUCUCCUUCGUCGUUCUCGCGGUCGUGCUCAACGUACUGAGCCAGCUCCUCUUCAAGAACCCGAACGAGCCACCAAUUGUCUUCCACUGGGUGCCCUUCGUCGGCAGCACCGUCACCUACGGCAUCGACCCCUACAAGUUCUUCUUCGACUGCCGGAGGAAGUAUGGCGACGUCUUCACAUUCAUCCUCCUGGGCAAGAAGACCACGGUCUGCCUGGGCACAAAAGGCAACGACUUUAUCCUCAACGGAAAGCUCAAGGAUGUCAACGCGGAGGAGAUCUACAGCCCGCUAACUACGCCCGUCUUUGGCAAGGAUGUGGUGUACGACUGCCCGAACUCGAAGCUAAUGGAGCAGAAAAAGUUCGUCAAGUUCGGCCUCACAUUCGACGCCCUCCGCUCCUACGUCCGCCUCAUCUCCGACGAAGUAGAUGACUACAUCAAAAAGUCCCCCACCUUCAAGGGCCAGCACGGCACGGUCAACGUGCCCCAAACCAUGGCGGAAAUCACCAUCUUCACCGCCUCGCGCUCGCUGCAAGGCAAGGAAGUGCGCGACAAGUUCGACUCGUCCUUCGCAGACCUCUACCACGACCUCGACAUGGGCUUCACCCCAAUAAACUUCAUGCUGCCCUGGGCGCCCCUCCCGCACAACCGUAAGCGCGACGCAGCUAACCGCAAGAUGGCGGAGACGUACAUGGAGAUCAUCCGCGCGCGGCGGGCCGAGGGCGCGAAGAGGGAUUCCGAGGAUAUGAUCUGGAAUCUCAUGAGCAGCACGUAUAAGGACGGCACGCCUGUGCCGGACAACGAGGUCGCAAACAUGAUGAUCGCGCUGCUGAUGGCGGGGCAGCAUUCCUCUUCCUCGACCUCUAGCUGGAUAGUGCUGCGGCUCGCCUCCCGUCCGGACAUCCUCGAGGAGCUGUACCAGGAACAACUCGCAGUCCUCGGCGCAGACCUGCCACCCCUCACCUACGAAGACCUGAACCGCCUGCCCCUGAACGACCAGGUGGUUAAGGAGACACUCCGUAUCCACGCCCCGAUCCACAGCAUCAUGCGCAAGGUCAAGCGGCCCAUGCAUGUCGAAGGGACGCCGUAUACGAUUCCAACGACGCAUGUCUUGCUCGCCAGCCCCGGGGUUACGAGUCUGGACAGCACACAUUUUCCGAACCCGACGCUGUGGGACCCGCACAGGUGGGAUGAGGGCGCCGCGAACGCCGGGCGCUCCGGCCCCACGGCCAACGGCACGGCUCACACCACCGGCAACGGCGACGAAGCCCCCGAAGACGAGGAAAAGAUCGACUACGGCUACGGCCUCGUCUCAAAGGGCACCAACUCCCCGUACCUCCCCUUCGGCGCCGGACGCCAUAGAUGUAUCGGCGAGCAGUUCGCCUACGUCCAGCUCGGGACUAUCAUCGCGUGCCUGGUGCGGAAGUUUAAGUUCAGAAAUAGGGAGGGCGAGGAGGGACGGGUUGUCGGGACGGAUUAUUCGAGUUUGUUUAGUCAGCCGAUGAGGCCGGCGCAUGUGGUGUGGGAACGGCGGUAA